GUUGGUGUGAGAAGUUAUUUCAGAAAAGUGUUCACUGCUUCUAGAUCUCCUGAAUUGAAAAUCAAGUAACCAACAUGGCAAAAACGGCUGCUAUCGGCAUCGACCUUGGAACCACCUAUUCUUGUGUGGGAGUUUGGCAACAUGGCAAAGUGGAAAUCAUUGCCAACGACCAGGGAAAUCGCACCACCCCUAGCUAUGUCGCAUUCACUGACAGCGAAAGACUCAUAGGAGAUGCUGCUAAGAGUCAAGUGGCGAUGAACCCGAAAAACACCGUUUUCGAUGCCAAACGGCUGAUAGGACGCAAAUUCGAUGACUCCAAGAUCCAAGAGGACAUGAAACACUGGUCCUUCGAGGUGGUGAACGACUCGGGCAAGCCGAAAAUCAAAGUAGAAUACAAGGGCGAGGUCAAGAAGUUCGCGCCCGAGGAGAUAAGCUCGAUGGUACUGACGAAGAUGCGGGAGAUAGCCGAAACGUACUUGGGAGGGAAGGUCUCGGAUGCUGUCGUCACUGUUCCAGCUUAUUUCAAUGAUUCGCAACGGCAGGCCACCAAAGAUGCAGGUGCCAUUGCUGGUAUGAACGUUUUGAGGAUAAUCAAUGAACCUACUGCUGCUGCCCUUGCUUAUGGACUUGACAAGAACCUCAAAGGGGAGAAAAACGUUCUUAUUUUUGAUUUGGGUGGUGGUACCUUCGACGUAUCCAUCUUGGCCAUAGACGAAGGAUCUCUCUUCGAAGUUAAAUCCACUGCCGGAGAUACCCAUUUAGGUGGAGAAGACUUUGACAAUCGUCUGGUCAACCACUUUGUGGAAGAGUUCAAGCGGAAGCAUAAGAAGGACCUGAGCAAGAACACCCGAGCCUUGCGAAGGCUCCGAACAGCCUGCGAACGUGCCAAAAGAACUCUUUCCUCCAGCACUGAAGCCACUAUUGAAAUCGACGCUCUCCACGAUGGGGUUGAUUUCUAUUCGAAAGUUACCAGGGCCAGAUUUGAAGAGCUCUGCAUGGAUCUGUUUCGGUCGACCUUGCUACCAGUCGAGAAGGCCUUGACCGACGCCAAACUGGACAAGGGUGCCAUCCACGACGUCGUUCUAGUUGGAGGUUCCAUCCGUAUCCCCAAGAUCCAGAAGAUGCUGCAAGACUUCUUCUGCGGCAAGGCCUUGAACCUGUCCAUCAAUCCCGAUGAGGCUGUGGCCUACGGCGCUGCUGUCCAGGCCGCCAUCUUGAUCGGAGACACCAGCUCGCAGAUCCAAGAUGUCCUCCUAGUCGACGUCGCUCCUUUGUCUCUAGGAAUCGAGACUGCUGGUGGAGUUAUGACCAAAAUCGUCGAGAGAAACUCUAGAAUACCUUGCAAGCAGCAGCAAACCUUCACCACUUACUCAGACAACCAGAACGCUGUGACCAUCCAGGUUUUCGAAGGAGAAAGGGCCAUGACCAAAGACAAUAAUCUAUUGGGUACCUUCAGCCUGAACGGCAUUCCGCCUGCCCCGCGUGGCGUGCCCAAGAUCGAAGUGACCUUCGAUUUGGACGCCAACGGCAUCUUGAACGUGUCGGCCAAAGAUGGCAGCACUGGCAAGUCGGAGAAGAUCACCAUCACCAACGACAAGGGCAGGCUAUCCAAGGCCGAGAUCGACAAGAUGCUGGAUGAUGCGGAGAAGUAUGCAGCCGAGGACGAAAAGCAAAGGGAUAGGGUGGUGGCGAGGAAUCAGCUGGAAGGGUACAUUUUCAGCGCCAAACAGGCCGUGGAAGAUGCAGCUUCGGACAAACUAACAGAAGAGGACAAGAAGUUGGUCCAAGACAAGUGCUCAGCAGCCCUUACAUGGUUGGACGCGAAUCAGCUAGCUGACAAGGACGAGUACGAACACAAGCUGAAAGAGCUGCAGCAGGAAUGCUCUCCAGUCAUGCUGAAAAUGCAUCAAGGUGGCAAAGAGGGAGCUCAGGGCAACAAAGGACCCACCGUAGAAGAAGUUGAUUGAAUCAGAAGUGGGAUUGGAAUGAUUCAGAAGUGGGAUUGAAUUUGCUUCGGAGAUUGGGCUGUUUGAAGGUUUUCUUUCGAUUUAUUGAAGUACAACAGUGUUGGUGUUUGAAUUUUCAUUAAAGUAUCUGUACUAAUAUUAUAAAGAGGUAAUAUC